AUGCCCACCAAUCCCUCCCACCACCACCACCACCAGGAGCAUCAAGAGGCUGCAUCAUCACCGCAGCAGCCCCAGCCGCCUGAAUAUGGGGAGUAUAUGAUGCAUGGCGCGUACUACGGCUCACCUGCACCUAUCGGAAGCCUGGGGACGCCCAACAUGGGCAUCCGUAUGGCCCACCGCGGAAGUCCUGGUGGUUCUUACGGCUCACGCCGCUCCACCAGGCGCUCUACACCACACAGCUGCUAUGCAAAUGAAGGGCAAGAGGGACACCACAACAUGAUUUUGGUCGCCACUAGGCCACUGUUGAAGGCGUUAGCGCGGGAGUGCCGGCCAUGCCCGCCGUGGUGUGUCGGCACUCUCGUGUGCGAAGAGGCCAUGGAUGAAUUGAAACAGUUUGCAGCGUUUCUCCGUCCCACGCCAGAGGAACUUUCAUGUAGCGAGUCUGCCGUGGGUCUGGCGACGGGAAUCAUGCAAGCAGUGUGGCCUUUGGUCAAAAUGAGUCCCAUGUCAACAACAGCUGCUGGACUAUCACCUCUGAAGGAUGUCACACUGCAUUACUAUGCGGAAAACACUCCCGUUGCGCCAGACGAUUUAGAGAGCAUACAACUGAGGCUUCAGAGUGUUGCCAACGACCAGGGGGCGCAGGUGGAGUUUAGCACAGAUUACAGAGACGUGACGUGUGUCGUGAUGACAGAUGCGCGAUCUGGCAAGCGGCUCACCAUCCGCUACGGUCCGCGCGCGUCACAUGCUGGAGUAGCAGCACGCAUCUUUCAGACAACAAUAGCAUCCAACGAGGAAUAUCACGCCACUCUUACAGUGCUUGACGCCCUCCUUCGCCAGAACAAGAUUCUUGACGACGUCGGGACGAACAUGGAGGCGGUGAAUGGAGAAGCUCUCACCACAAUGCUUGUUGCCAUUAUAAACUCUUACGGUCUCAACGAUGCCCCCGAUGCUGGCAGGCUAAUGAUGGACUUCUUCCUGACAUUUGGCUUUCCGGCGAACUUCGACUUAGUAAAGAACUCGGUCACAGUGAAAGGAAUGGCGGUAAACCCACCUUCAAAAGUGCACCGCAACGCACAAAUAAGUAUUCUUGACCCUUUUGACGAGGCACAAAAUCUAACACCAAAGUUGGAGAAGGCGGCACACCUUCAAGCGGUGUUCAACUAUUGUUACACAGCGCUCUCUCAGUACAAGCAAGUAUCGCAACGACAGCGGCGGGCGCAAUCUAUCCUAUCUACCAUUAUUGGUGGUGAAGCAUACUGGGGACGUGUGCUGCAGCUUUAUCAUGAGGGAAUAUCACCCUUUGUGGAAGUCGUCAAUGAAAAAAAACAUUUACUUGCUCACGCGCUAUAG